UCGGGGACGUAUGAAUUAAUUUUGAUUAAGUGUUGUGCCUCCUCGAGAAGACCUCUCUGAAUUUUGCGAUUUUAAGUAUCUUGUAACUUAAGUGUGAAAUUUGCAUCUUUUUGUGUGCUCCCCUCAGAGAAAGGGAAGAGUGCUUUGAGCAUUAGCAUUUGAAAAGUGUCUGUUUCCCUGGGGAGAUAAGGAGUCACUUGAACUUUUGAAUACGUACACCUCCCUUAGUGUAGGCCUUUCAUUGUAUUGAAAAAAUGAGCGACAGCAUUGCCACCAUGAAAAGUGAAGAUGUAUUAUUUGAUCUUUUAGAAAAACAUGGUGCUCGACCCUCUUUAUCAGGCAUGGAUUGGGCACGACAGAACUGGUAUAACUUGCAAAGUGUUUCGGACCGUAUUAGUGUCUUACAGAAUGAGGCUCGUACACGAGCUGGAAAAGGAAAGUCGUUUAUUUGUGCCGUACUCGGGGCUGCUUUAAAAGCUGCCGUGGAGUUUCGAAAUGAAAAGCAUUCGGCAGAACUCCAAACCAUACAAGCACUGCAGGAAUCGGUUAAAGUAACACAAGAAUUGGUGAAAACUCUGCAGAAUCAAAUAGUGAACCUCGAGGAACAAUUAGAAAGAGAGAAGAGUAAUUCGGCUUUGUUGCAAAUGGCUUUUAAGGAACUGCUAACGUGUAAGCAUGCCAGCCAUACCAUCACCCAUAGUUUGCCUCGAGAAAAAACUUUUCCUCAGGUGGAACUACCAGGAAAGAAGGAAAGGCUAGAUAAAUUAGAAACUCCAAUAGCCCCAUUGCGUCCUUUGAUAAAAACUGAAUAUACAUUUGAUAACAGUGAGGAUCUAGAUCCUCAAAUGAAUAUUAAGGAAAUUCCCUUCUCAGCCACUGAACUAGCAAAAUUGAAGAAAGACUUUAGCCGCUCUCCAAAAGAAUCUGAAACAGAAUAUGUAUGGAGGGUUAGCCUCACUGGUGGCGACCAGAUUCGGUUAACAGAAAAGGAAGCAGAAGGUUAUUGGGGACCAGGAGUAUUUUUAACUACUGGUAACAAUCGUGCUCCCUGGUCAUUAACACAAAGGGCUGCCUAUUGGGCAGGUGGUCUCAACCCUUUAGAACGGGGAGACCCUCUUGCCAUUACUGGAACAACUGACCAGUUAGUAGAGAGCGUUCAAAAGGCUGCUUGUCUCCAAAUGAUGUACGAUAGAAAGCUGCAGCCACAUCAUGAAUCACCUAUGAUGAUGCCUGUUGAUCCUGAGAGAAUGACUGCUUUAAUUAGGGGGCUUCCAGAGUCGUUAAAACCUAUAGGUAUUCAGCUGCAAGGAAAAAUACAGGCAAUGCCUCAGGGAGAGAGUGCCCGGCCACUGUUAGAAAGAACUGUAACCCCUAACCAUCCGCAGUCAGGAAACAAAGUAUGGACGUGGGGAGAAGUUGCCCGAGAGUUAAUUAACUAUGGAAGGAAAUAUGGGCCAGUGGUUUCUUCCUCCACUAAACUUGAGCCAAGAGAAGUAAGACUUGCAGCAGUCAGCCUUGCCCCCAGGCCUCCUAGCUCAAAGCUGAGUGGGACUGGAAGGGUCUCACUGUCAGUAAAAACAGGUAGGCGAAAUAUUGAUCAUAAACGUAAUUGUCUCUGGAUACUGGGCUGGAAAAAGGGUGUUCCACGAGAUUUGAUGAAUGGAUUACCCACUGUCAGGUUAGAGAAAUUAGUUAACUGGUGGCCAGAACAAAAGCUCCAGAAUCUCGAGGAGAGCAAAACCCCAGGUCCUAGGGUCUCUCUCAGGGAACCUGAACGGCUAUCUAAGCCAUUACAAAACUGAUGUCUUCGCCCCUCCCAAGUGAGCGGGGUGGGGGCGGUGAAGGGUGGAUGCAUGAGAAAGCUCACAACAAAGGGAAA